AUGGAGAAUCUCUCUGAUGAGGAUAAAUCCAUCGGAGCCUUUGGUACCAGACCUGGCACCCACCGACGGAAAAGACGUUACCGCCAUUCGUAUGCGGAAUCCGACCUCUCGCGGCGAAUGUAUUUACUUGCAGCUUCCUUGUCUAUCGAACCGAAUCUAUUGCGCCACUAUGUCGCCAGCGUGCGUGGCGGGGUAGUCCGGGGUCGGCGUGUAGUAGAUACGGAUAAGGAUUCAAUUAGUGAAGAGGGGUUGCUAGUUCCUACAGUUGAUGUUUUUCAGCAGUCCGUAUGCUCGCCGCUGUCGAGCGAAGCGGCGCCUUGUACAGGGGAUGCGAUCGAGCAGAACAUUCCGUCAGAACUCCAGGCAAUACUUGAGGCGCUGGUCCUGCCUUUUGCAAAGAGGCAGUCGAAUUUUAGAAGUCCCACGAGAAGGAAAGGUCCCUCUUCCGUACCAGUGUCAACCAAUAAGUUGCUACUCAGGAAAAAUAGGAAGGUGUCAAGUUUACAUUGGGAAGUGACCGGGGGGACGUCCACUAAGAAAAAUGGGAGUCAUGCUGGAAGUUGGGGAUGGGGUUCAUUCAUGAAGUCAGAUGUAAGAGCAUCAACAGCAAGCCGCAACCCACUCAGUUGCUCAGACCAUGACGGUCUCGAAUCAGCGUGUUAUGAGGAUAGGAGGGGAGAUAUCCGUAGUUCUAGCGCCACUAUGAUCAGCACGUGUAGCAGUUUUAGUAGCAGUUUCUCUUCCUCCUGUAGCCAGGGGAGCUACGUGCGUGAGGAAGAAGAAAUAUCGAACGGAGCAUUUCCACUUUUGCUUGGGGAAGAAGGGGAACCUCAAAGUAUUGACCCUCUCCCGUUCGAUACGGCAGCGGAGGCAGAAAUGCCGGUACCGAGGCGUCGUUGUAACAACGCAAUCGAAGGGGACAACAGUUCCAACAUGUGCCACGCCACAGAAAAGCUUUUAGAGGAGUUGGUGAGGCCUCUUCUUCUGGCUCGAGAAAAUUUGCGGCCACCUACCAUUUCAAGUGGUGAUGGCAACGCGAAUAAGGCGGCUUAUUUGGGACAGUGCAUGCAGCUUCUGCCGCAGGAACUGCGCACCACAGCGGGGGUGACCCGACUAUGCAGUCUGUACCCUCCAUUCGCCUCAUUGCUCCUCGAAGCAUUCGUCAAGGAGAGUGCACAGAGAUGUUCAAUGAGUGCGAUUACUCGCAUCGUUGUCUCGCGUCUUACAGAACUUGUGGCUCCUGUUCUUCUUUCGCAACGGAUGCGGCCGCGUAGCGAUGACUGCGUCGACGUGGCGAAAACACCUGAGAAAGUGACCGGGGUACCCCAAAGCGAGACUUACCACACCAUGGCGAUUCGUGCGCAACAAUCUCUAGCAAGAACAAUACUGUCCCUUGUUGGUAUGCUUGAUGACUCUUUGUGGACACUCACACUCUGCGGUAUCCUCAUCCGAUUGCAGCUGGUGAGCCCCACGGAGCUUUACCCUAUACUUCACCGCCACGCACAUGAGCUCUCCAAAUUACCUCAGCAGUGGACACACGAAGUUGCACUUGCUUACUGCAUUGUUACAUACGAGGGAUUGAAAUGGGCGGCGUUGGCGGAAGAGGAGAGGUGUAAUAAUAAAAAAACAUUCAAACAGGAAGAGAGUCUGUUGUCAGUUGGCAAGGAAGAGGGAGCACAACGUGCAACUCAGGACGGUGAGUCGGAGGUGAUAUCACAGAUCAGUAUCACACAAAUUUUCAUUGAAGACACGUUUGGCAGGACAUCGGGCAUCCCGAAUGCGCGAGGCGGCGAACACAAGGAGAUUGAAGAGCACGACUUGACAAAUGUCUUUGAGAUGAUGGUGAGCUCUAUGAAAGGCCAGAACAUAAAUUAUACACAAGGCGAAGGAGGAGGCAUCACUCCUCCCAUUAAUGCUCCAUCUCCCUCCGCCGAAACGGCGUUGGCCGUGCCCCAUCAACCACACGAUGUUCAAAACAGCGGAAACAGUAAAUCUAAUUCGGUUGCUACUAAUGAGGUUCAGUGGAACUUCCCAGAGAAGGUUCCCACAGAAGUGUCGGUCCCCGUGGCUACUGUUAUGACUUGCAUGAUGUUAUGCGCCGGACCGCAGAGCGAACGAACUGUCGUAAAACUUGGGCAGUGGUGUCUUCGCUGCCUGAUUGUCUUGCGUGCUGCACCGUGCGCAGUGGGGCUUACACAUAUCAUGUUGAAGUACCCGCAUAUUUUGCAGAAGGCAGUAGUUCAUUCAGUAUUUCUUGAGCAAAACAUUAACUAUGUCUCGGCCUUGUUAACGGCAACCAAUUCAUUCAACACAUCAAACGUUGGAUCAAAUGAAGGUGGUAACAGUAAGGGCGCCAACUCGAAGGCAACGGUUUCGUUUUGCGAGGCUGUACUCAUGGAGGGUUGCCGCCUGGCUGAUGCGGCACUACAGGAACAGUCACGAGUACUCGCAGCUGGCCACCUGCGCUUUGUGUGGGACAAUAGCGCACAAGCAAAUGGCGCGUUCGUUGGCAAAUUACAUCCCUUGUUGUACGAGCUACAGGAGGUUCAAUGCUACUUGCUCAUGGUACUUCAGGCGCUGAUAGUGCUGCGCACGGCCUCUCUCUGCAAUGAGGCACAAGAGCAGUUGGCCAAUUUGUUCGUAACUAGUGCUCGCCUGCGUGUGGCCACGGCAACCACAGGGGCAAAUAACACGACCGCGCCCGCGGAUCGAGGAGUUGGUGACAGUUGUGAAGAGAGUAGCUUGGUCUCAAGUCAGUUCGUGCAACUCGUAGACGAAGUGUUUCGCACAGUAGCGUGCGCUGCUGACGUUUUCCUGCAUUUUUCUACUGGUUGUCCACGGCGGUUCUGCGAGUCCCUUGGGCCUUUGUCAGAACCUCAAAACACAUUGUUUGAUGAACUUCGGCGCAGUGGGGCAUGGGAUGCACACGUUGAGUAUCUUGAGACUGUACAAGCUGCAGCAACCGCGUACUCCGUUUUACCACCUUCCCCUCUCAUAUCACAUCCCUCAAAAACCAAUGAUAAGGGCGCAGAGGCGUCACAUGCCGCCACGACUUCGUCAAGUGAACCACAUGGUGAGGUGGCAUGUGACUCGACGCAUAUGACGCCUUUGACGGUACGAGAGAUGAUUGCGCAUACUGAAGCGGUGGUGGGGGACGCAGUUUCUCAACAGGAUGGGGGUGAAGGUGAGACGCCACUAGUGGCUGGGAGGCUACCGUGUUCUGGCGAGCCCUUUAGUUUCUCGGAAGCAGUGGAAGAAUGCAGUAAUGGUAGCGCUGCCGGCGUUGGAGGUCUUACUGCAAGACAGAAGCAUUGGUGGCUGCGGCGCAUGAUUGUAUAUUUUAUGGAGCGGUGGUGGCAUUGCCGGGGUGGUGUGCAGGUGGUUUUUCCGUUUGCCUCUUCGUUAGUUGGGUAUGACAACCUCGGGUCAAACGCUGACAACCUUAAGUUGCUAAGCGGUGUCGCUGAGAGAAGUUUCCUUCAGUGCUGUGCCCAAUCCUUCUGA